UCUUCUUCUUGUUUGUGACCCGGCACCACUACGACGAACUCUCCGUCUCCCUUUCCAGCCACCAGCCCAACAGUCCAACUGCAGUCAAUCGCUACAAUCUCCAGUUCUUCCACGGCUCCUCCUCGACUCCUGAACGCCCGAUCUUAGGAGUCGCCAGCAAUUCCAUUCAUUGCUAUAUAAUUUUCGACGAGCGAUACCCUCCAUUUUGGCCGACUCGCGCCCGACGAACCGAUCUUGCUCUUGCUUUUGCUCCUGCCUCCGAAUCCCUUUGCUGUCCAUCGCCCCCAGACCCUCUCGCCAUGGGUCGUUCAAGGCUAUCCCAAGGCGCCGCGGCAGCUCUGCUUCUCGCGGCGUCGCUCCAGACCGCGAGUGCUCAGUUUUACAAGAUAGACACGCUUGAUGCAAUCAAGCAAUCAGCCAAGACGCUAGCGUACGACAUGAUGCUUAUGUACCCCGGAAACAAGACUGGCCAAGAGCCCGGCAUCCUGCCGGGACCUCCAACCGAGAAUAAGGGGGACUACUACUGGUGGCAGGGCGGUGCGUUGAUGGGCACCAUGAUCGACUACUGGCACCUGACGGGCGACACCGAGUACAACAAGAUCAUCAGCGAGGGCAUUCUGAACCAGGUCGGCGAGGGUCGAGAUUUCCAGCCUGCUAAGCACAGGGCUUCUCUCGGCAACGACGACCAGGGUUUCUGGGGCAUGACGGCCAUGCUGGCCGCCGAGAACAAAUUCCCGGACCCUCCAAAGGACAAGCCGCAGUGGUUGGCACUCGCCCAGGCCGUAUGGACGACACAGGCCGCUCCCGAACGUCAUGACAACACUUGCAACGGAGGCAUGCGGUGGCAGGUCCCUCCGACCAAUGCGGGCUACGACUACAAGAACACCAUCGCAAAUGGUUGCUUUUUCAACAUCGGCGCCCGCCUGGCCAGGUACACAGGCAACAAGACCUACGCAGAGCACGCUGCGAAAACGUUCGAUUGGCUUUGGGCGGUCAACUAUAUCGAUAACGAGAACUACAGGGUCUACGACGGUGGCCAUGUCAAUAACAACUGCACCGACAUUCACAAGGCACAGUUCUCGUACAACAUCGGUGUCCUCCUGCAGGGCUGUGCUUUCAUGUACAACUACACGGACGGAGGCGCCAUCUGGAAGGAACGGGUCGAGAAGCUUACAGAGUCCAUCUUCCGCGACUUUUUCGCCGACGGCGCUGCGUACGAACUGCCCUGCGAACAGAAGAAGGGUGGCUGCACGGCUGAUAUGUUGUCCUUCAAGGGCUAUGUGCACCGUUGGCUCGCUGUCGCAUCGCAAGUGGCGCCCUUCAUGGCCGACAAGAUCCGCCCUGUCCUCCGCAAGUCGGCCGAGAUGGCCGUCAAGCAGUGCACCGGCGGUGCUACCGGCCGCGCCUGUGGCUUCUACUGGACAGGCGGCGAGUACAUCGACCCCGCCAUUGACAAGACUUCGGGCGCCGGUGAGCGCAUGAACGUUCUCGCCGCUGUCAGCUCGCUGCUGAUCGACCAAGCGGCCGCUCCUGUCACAAACUCGACAGGAGGCACCAGCGCCGGCGACCCCCUCGCCGGAACCAUCCCAUCCAAGGACCGCACCUUCAAGGAAAUCACCACGGGCGACCGAGCCGGUGCCGCCAUCCUGACGAUGCUGCUGCUCGGCUCUGCCACGUCUACUUUUGGGUGGAUGAGCUGGGAUCGCUAAGCUAUCGGUUCUAUAUCUUUGCUUUGUAAUGGAGUUUGGGUCUUCUUUGUCUUCUCAUCUCGCCACUUCCUGACCACCGCUUCUUUGUACUUUGCGCCUGGCUGUCCCCCUCCGAGGACAUCUUCCACUGGCUUUCUCUAGAUGCGGAAUCCAGGGUGAGGCCUUGACCUCCGCAGUUGUCUAUCUAGAAUUGCUUUUUAGCAUUGUAUCCCGGCUGUCUCGCAGCGCGCCGUCAGGCAGCGUAAUUUCAGCUACUUGCUUAGCCGUCUGCAUGGAAACCAUUGGACCGCCGCUCAGGGCUCUCCCUUUCACAAUCUCUGUACCGUCUUUUGGCGUUACAACUUGGAUAUGUGGGAAAGCGAAGUUAAUCUGAUGUUCUUGGGGCCGAUGACGAGCCACCAGACAAUAUUUUGCCAAUCAGCACAUGAAACCGCAAAGACGAUGUCGUGCUGGAAGGAAGUGGAUCUUUGAACGCUCCAGUGAUCCACCCCCUAAGGCGAUUCACUAUGAGGACACUGAGGAUAAUGAUAUCAUUCUACAUAUUUUUUUUUUUGCUUUGGAUUCUAGCUGGGCAGACCCCGAGGACUAACGGCUCACGAAGGUUGCCCUCGGAGCUAAAAACAACUCUGAUAAUAAGAACCAUCAUUCAAGACAGCGUGGCUCCUAGGAUUCAAGUACGGCCGUUACGCCUCGUCGGCGCAAGCCUCAUCGUCCCUCUUCCCAACCCCCUCGGCCUCGGCAUCGCCGCG